ACAUUUGCGACAGCUGAGAGUGAUUUCUGGCAGAAGUAGGUUACAAAAAGGUGCGGGGAGCCUACGGCGCCAGACGGGAGCAACAACAGUGCUUGGAGGAGGAUGUAAGAGACGAGGUCUUUCCAGGAAAGCAUGAGAGAGAAGAUCGGAGAAAGUAUGGUGAAAGACCUCUGCGGGUCGUGUAAUGGAAGGACUGGGAGCCGAGAGAUCGCUAUGCAGCUCUAGACCCUUCCCAUGGCUCAGACACCCCCAGACGGAGGCCUCCACCCUGCUAUGGAAGCUCGACGACCGCUUCCCCACCAAUGAGGCGCCUUCUGCUCACCGCGCAGAUACAGAAAACACUUACAUGGAUAGCAGGAAGGCCGUGCUGGAACUGAAAGAUGUCCCUCCUCCUCCACACCAUACAUCCUCUUCCCAUCCAUCUCAGCCCUUCCCUCUGGCCCCUCUCGCUAUGCCUCCUCCCCGCUUGCCUCCUCCUCCUCAGCUUACACACGACUCCCACCAGCAACCGCCACAAUCACAGCUGCAACAAGAGGGGACUAGCCCUAAAGUAAGCAUUUCCACGCACUGUGACUAUUGCAGCGCAGAUGCCUACAGGUUAUCAGGUGGCGGGAAUGUUCUUGGUACCAGCAGCAGUAUCGCUGGGGUUGUCUCGCUCUAUAUGGCCCCAGGCUCCCUAGCAGCACCCAUCAGCACCAGCAGUAUUGGCAGUUCAGACCUCUGCUCUGUAGCUUCUGUCCAUCAGUACAAACACAUGAGCUGCAGAAGUGGAGGUGAACCUCUUGGUUUCCUGCCUCCUCUCGGUUACAAACCUCCGCUGUCGUCUUCUGUUGCUACCUCUCAGCCGGUUUCGUCACAACCCUACCUCUCCUGCUGCUCAGGGCUUCUCCACACAUACCCAGGUGCACCGCUUUCAUGCAGUCAACCCAGCCUCUUUCACUCCUCUGCACCCCUGGCUUCCUCUCUCCCCUUUGUUUCCUCUACACCCACCCCCUUGCGUGGCUCUUGCCUGGCCUCUUCUGGCUACUACACCUGUGGUGCUGACUGCUGCCCGUUGGCCAGAAGAUCCCAGAGAACCACACUUGGUGAUCCCCCAACCAUCACCACUACAACCACCUCAGCACACUUCUGCUCCAAUCCUAUGCACCUAAAUGUAGAACGCACGGUUUGUGUGAAGGGCGCACACUACUGCCAGGAGUGCCUGUUGAAGCCCAUGAACGGUCUGGCAUCUGACUUGGAGAAGGCGUGGCCCAAUGCACCUAUUCCCCAGUCUGCUCCUAUGCCUAUUCCCAUUUGUAAUGGCUGUGGAACGGCCUCUGAUGGCAUGAUGCUAAUGCCGUCAGCCAACCUUGGCAAGACUGGCCAGAAGUAUGGUUCUCCAGAGAAUGGCGGUCCUGAAAACAUCCCCCCGGUGGGCGUCUUCUGGGACAUUGAGAACUGCAGUGUCCCUAGCGGGCGCUGCGCUGGCGCUGUGGUCCAGCGUAUUCGCAGCAACUUCUUUCAGGGCCACCGUGAGGCAGAAUUCAUCUGUGUCUGUGAUAUCAGUAAGGAGAAUAAAGCCGUCAUCCAAGAGCUUAACAACUGCCAGGUUACUGUUGCACAUAUCAACGCCACGGCCAAGAAUGCUGCAGAUGACAAGCUUCGCCAGAGCCUGCGACGUUUUGCUGAGACCCACACGGCACCUGCAACUGUUGUACUGGUAUCCUCGGAUGUGAACUUUGCAAGUGAGCUGAGUGACUUGCGUCAUCGCCAUGGUUUCCAGGUGAUCCUGGUCCAUGGCAGCCAUACAUCUUCAGCCCUGCUGCAGCAUGCCCACCGCCACAUGGCCUUCCAGGACAUCACGGCUGAUCUGCCCCCACGUUUGCUUGUCAAAGCACAGCCCAGUUUCAACCUCCUCUAUGUGCACAACCUCCCUGUCAACUGUGACAAGAGCCUACGGAACGCCGUGAAGCUCAGGCUACGCCGCCUAUCAGACAACUGUGGUGGCAAGGUGCUGGGCGUGGCCCAGGGCACAGCCGUCCUCCGUUUCGGCAGCGCCGAGGCCGCUGCGCGUGCCCACAAGCGAAUGGAAAAUGAGGAUGUAUUUGGCCGCCGAAUCAGCGUCUCCUUCUCCCCGCGGCCUAGAGACGAUGCAAGUCCUGAGCCUGAGCCUGAGCCGGAGUCUCGGCCCCACCCCUUGACUCUGGCCCAGACCGGUCAAAACCAGGACUUUAUGUUCGAAUCGCCCCUGUCCCUAUCCACCUCCGCAUUUCUGCCCUUGGGGAUGCAGAGGUCACCCAGGAGGCCACGGCGAGCAACCCGCCCAAGCCAUGCCUCUGGCCCCUUGCCAGAAAGGCCCUACAGCCCCAGGAGGGGGUGCAGUGGGCCUCCCGGUGGUGCUCCAGCAAAGCCCCAUCAGGAUCCGGGUAUUUUGGAGGGCAAGCCCAGAAUGAGCUUCCACCCCCUGGAGAAAGGACGCGCUGCUUCCUCGUCCCCUCAGAGUAAUGGUGAGACGGGAGCCGUGGAACCGCUCUCCAAGCCGGGCCUCACGGGAGAGUCCAUGUACAGGAAGAGAAGAGACGGCUCGCACCCUCGUAGUGUGACCGAAUCCCCUAUAGAACAGGCGGACAGGAGCUCAGGGGACUUCCAGAUCAGCACACCCUCAGCCUUCAGCAAGUUGAACCUGCACAGGAGCUUCAGUCCCCUCAUCCUGUCUCCGGGCUCCUGGUCAUCCAGGAGUGCAUCACCCUGUCUGUCCAGCCGGUCCUCCCCCCUACCGGCUGCCACUCGUAGCCCGUGUCCUGAAGGUCCACAUGAGCCCUUCUCGGAUGGGGCAGAGGUCCAGGUGGCCAACCUGGACUACAGAAUGUCUCGCAAGGAUCUGCAGCAGACGCUGCAUGAAACAUUCUCCCGUUACGGCCGGGUAAAAGCUGUGGAGCUUAACCCCCACACAGACUAUCAGCUCAAGGCCACAAUCCAGAUGUUUUCCCUGCAGCAGGCCAUAAGUGCAGUCAGUGGCCUGCACCGUUACAAGAUCGGAGGCAAGCGGAUCCAGGUGUCUCUGAUCACUGGUGGAAGCAACAAAUCCCUUUUCCUGCUCAGCUCGGAGAUCAUCAGCAUUCUUCAAGAUGCACCUGCCAGUUGCCUUCCCCUCUUCAAGUUUUCAGAGAUCUAUGAAAAAAAAUAUUCCCGUAAGCUGGUGGCUGGGGAUCUGUACAGGCUACCCGAUGUGGUGGCGGUGCGGGAGCAGGGAGGCUCCAGGCUGGUGUGCCUUCUGCCCAGCAGCCAAAUCCGUCAGAGCCCACUGGGAUCUUCCAAGUCGCAGGAGGGCUCCUCUGCCGGCGGCAGCCCCGUGGUCUUUGAGGAGUUGGAGUACCAUGAACCAGUCUGCAGAGAACAUUACACACAGCGGGACUUCAGUGAGGCUGACUUUGACCCUGACUCUUAUCAAAUACCUUUUGUUGUAAUGUCGCUGAGCACCAUUGCAUCGGAGGUCCACAGUCUUCUGCAGUCACAUGAGGGAACUCUUCCAUUACUAAGUUUUCCAGACUGCUACGCAGCUAAAUUCGGCCUUCUGCAGCUGGGAAAUGAAACCUUGGAGGGGGGGGUUCCUCUGGAGCACCUAAUUACUUGUGUUCCCAGUAUCACCAUCGUCACGGCUCAGAAUGGCUUCAAAGUCAUCAAGUGGAUCCACAACAAACCACCAGCACCAAACUGUGAGCCAUGGAUUCAGCGCUGCAAGAGUCCAGUUGGCAACCCGCAACUCAUCCAAUUCAGCCGUGAGAUAAUUGACUUGUUAAAGAGUCAGCCGUCUUGCCUCAUGCCCAUGAGCAAGUUCAUACCUUCUUACCACCAUCACUUUGCCAAGCAGUGCCGUGUCUCUGACUACGGCUACUCCAAGCUGCUGGAGCUACUGGAGGCGGUGCCACAUGUCCUGCAGAUAUUGGGUAUGGGUACCAAGCGUUUACUGACUCUGACUCAUCGUGCUCAAGUGAAGCGCUUCACCCAAGACCUUCUCAAACUGCUUAAAUUUCAAGCCAGCAAACACGUGUCAAUCAAGGACUUCAUGCAGGCAUACCAUUGGUGCUUCUCUAGAGACUGGAGGGUAAUAGACUACGGCACAUGUGACCUGAUGGACCUUUUGACUGAGAUCCCAGACACCACCAUCACUAUAACGCAUCAGGACAUGGAUACCGUCAUCUCUGUUCCCAAGAGAGAGCGCACGGCGGACGAAAUAGAGCGCACUAAGCAGUUUGGGAAGGAGGUGGUGGACCUGCUCCGCCACCAGCCGCACUGCCGGAUGGCCUUCAGUAAGUUCAUCCCCACCUACCACCAUCACUUCGGUCGGCAGUGCAAGCUCAGCUACUACGGCUUCACCAAGCUCAUGGAGCUCUUCGAGGCCAUCCCCAACAUAGUGAUGGUGUUGGAAUGCGGUGAAGAGAAAGUGCUGACUCUGACAGAAGUCGAGCGCAUUAAGGCUCUGGCGGCUCAGCUGGUCAAGCUGCUCCGGGUUCAGAAGAACUCCAGCCUUCCUGUCAGCCAGCUGCUCACAGAGUACAGCAAGACCUUCGGUUAUGGGCUCCGCCUGCAGGACUACGACGCCAGCUCCCUGCCGGCUCUGCUGGCCAAACUCUGCCAUGUAGUCAAGGUGGCGGACGGCUCGGAGGGCCGCGAGGUGCAGUUGAUCAACAGGAAGUCUUUGCGCUCGCUCACCUCCCAGCUGCUGGCGUUGCUCAUGUCCCAAGAGGAGCAGCAAGUCACCAGGGGCCUCCGAGUGGAGGAGCUGAGUCAGCAUUACCUGAUUGUCUACGGAGCCCCGCUCAACCCAUGUGAAUAUGGGUUCCUCUCUCUCAGCGAGUUACUCAAGAGCCUGCCCUACCUUGUGGAGUUGUAUAAUAUAGAAAAUAACAACGAUGACAACGCUGGCAACGGUGCCAGUGGUUACGGCGAGGAGUGGGUGAGGCUAACGAGGCUUUACCAGUUUGCCCGUAACGUGCGCGCCCUGCUCCACACCUACCAUUACAACCAGAUCUUCCUGACGGAGUUCCAGGCGGCUUACAGCAAAUUCACGGGCUGCGGCCUCGAGCCGCGUCCCUUCGGAUACACCAGCACCGACGAGCUGCUCAGCGCCAUUCCACAGGUCGUCUGGAUCAAAGGGCACGGUCACAAGAGGAUUAUCGUUUUGAAGAACGAUAUGAAAGCAAGGGCAAGCCCUUCAGUCCCUUGUAGCCCCCAGCCGGGACAGAGCAUGGAGAGCCCAACGUCCAGCCUGACUAGCAUCGCCACUUCUGGAACCCAUAGUCCAGAUGGUGCCGCGGAAUCCGAGCUGGCUUUUCUGACCUCAUCUGGAGAUCUACUGUGUGGUCCUGUACCAUCCUGCCUACCUUCACCUCAGCUCCACCCAGACCCGGUUCUCCUCCAGGAGACGGACCUGAUUCACUUUGAGGAGAAAACGCCACAAACAGUGAGCGGGGAACCAGAGGUGGCAGCUGUUGCUGAAAGCGCAUCGGAUCCAGACGACUCUGCAGCCAGACCUCCGUCCCCUCCGCCCAAUGCGACGUGCACCGCCUCAAUGGACAGUCCCAGCAGACGAGGCACACGCAGCAGAAUUAAGCUAGCCGCCAACUUCUCCUUCACAGCAGGCCUAUGAUCCUUUUCACACAUGUAAGCAAUACUAACUCGCACAUAUUGUAACUCUAAAUACAAGAGUUGACCAGCUACAGAGGAGUGACCCCUGAGGACCGUUGGCGUCCCCCUCCACGUCCUUCCACAGGCUGUUGCUUUCUUCCUCAUUGGGCAUCUUUGUGCUUUGUUUCACAAUCCGUGAGUUCUUCUGAUGUUCACCAAACUGUGAUUUUCUUCUUUGCAGGUAUUCUGCAAUUCUUUAGUUGGCCCAAUUCAUGUACUGUAACCUAUGUUUGAUCUCACCUUAAGGGGCGUUAAGUAAUGUUUUCAUGCGCAUCUGCGGUUUAUAAAACACUGGCUUGCGAUGACUGAAGAGUCUAAAGAUGAGUUCGUUGCCACUGUAUGCAGAGCAUUAGUUCGUGGGAGAAAUGCCAUCGGCGACUUUUCUGUGUUCCAUCAAAGACGUGUCGUUGCCCACCUUCUCCGUUCAUUGACAAAUAACAGAAGGUUUAUAGAGCCAUUUUGUCCAUGUACCAUAUAGAGGAACCUCCCUGUGAACCAUUUUCUUGCUGUAUCUUAGUGAUGGAGCAUUUGAUUUAGAACAUUCAUUUUUAAAAUUCCUGUGACAGUUUGGGAUGGAUUUUGCUUUGUAGGUGACCAUAGACUCGUCAACUGGACGCUGAGCCCCGGCCCGUUUCAGUCUUUCAUGCACUAAGGAUUUCUGAAGAGGUAGCUUCUCUUUGAGGUAUAUUCUUUUUCUUUCUUUUUUGUUCGUCAAGCAGCCUCGUGACAGUAUCUUCUGUUCCUUUUUAUAUUCUGCAGAGUAUUCUGUUGUCUGCGGACGAGAUUUGUCUAAAUGUGUUGUGUAUUUGGUGCCGAUUCAAUGUUGUAACUGCACAUCGGUGUUCACUGUUCAGGUUGUGGCUUUUUGUUAACUCAAGCUAACUGGUUCUGAACAGUCUCUGCACCAGUCGCAGGGUUUUGCCGGAUAUUGUGACGAACGCUGCUCUCGGGAAUUUUUAUUCUUGUUGUACUUUGACUUAAUUUAUUGCAAAGACUUUGGCUCAUCUCUCCAGGGCCACUGACGAAGGCCUGAUGUGUGCUACGGCAGCAGGAACUGGGAUCAGUAAACUGAAUGUUCGGCUUUAGCCAGCAGCUGCUGCCUUUUUUCCUUUUUAGCUGUGUUUUGUGUGGGUUACACUGGAGAUGGUGGCGUGAAGUAUGCAGGGUGUGCAUAAAUAAGUUUAUGCAUGGUGUAAGCCCAUGAGGAACAGACGGGAACAAGAGAUCGCAAGACAUUUAAGAUCGGCCUUUUAUUUCCACCAUGUUUUAGGGAUUUCGGCGUUUGCCUCACCCUCGCAGUUGCGACAUGAAUGCUCAAGGUUUUUAAGAGUUAACCUUGUUGCCGAUCAGCGCUGCGCGCGUGGGAAGGUCCAUGCCUGAGUUGAAGAUAUCAAGGGCAGCAGUGAGCCCUCAUGAGUUUUUGAUUUUUAAUGACUAGGUGAUUGGUUGUGUGAUUUUUAGAGGAGAGAGCGAUGGGCCGGGAGGCGGGAAGCUCUUAGUGGAGCAGCAUAGAGGCUCUGUGCAGCCUCCUGAGCAAACGGGACGCUGUGCGGCUCUCUGGAAUCCGCCGGGCUUUUACAAUGGCUUGUAUCUGCCACGGUGCCAAAGGGAUCGCCGUUGUAUAUCCCCGUUGCCCACAUCUUGAAAAAAGGAGAAAAAAGGAUACCUACUGAUGUGUCCUUCUCCUCCGUCUCAAGUGUCUACAAGACUGUUGUCUACUGAAUAGCCACCAAACAAUGUCUGCUGCCGUUAAGUUGAAGUCUGAGGGUUGUUUGCGUUCAGAGAAAAGGCUCAAAGAAUGGGUGAGAGCCCAUUUAAUCAGUCUCUGUCCAGCUAGUGUUUACCUCUUUAGCCAGAAGUGGCAGUGUUGAUGAUUUCCUUUCCAGACUUUAUUUUUGACUUGGUACGAAAAGCCUUUUUAAAGCUGAGAUAUUCCACCUGCCAACUCGCCAAAAAACUUCAACGUCUAUCCAAAUGUUUUUAAUUGGGGCUCUAAGGGUUCAGGUCUCUCCUGCAAUGUUUUACUGACUCUUUGAUUAAGGGAUGGAUAGUUAUUGAUUUAGAAUAGUUAAUGAUAGAAACCGGGUGUAAAUGAUUUCACUUUGGCUGUAGGGAUGUAUAACUUUUUGUGACUUGCUCUCCCCGGAGGACUACAGUGGCAACCAACUCAUGAAUAGAUUUAACUUCUUUUUAGCUUGCGCUCUUUUUGGUUGGAUCAGUGAGAAGCUACUGUACCUGUCAAAAUAUGCACUUAUGCAUAGUUUUGCUUCAUGAAAUACAAAUGUGAGAUUGGGUAGUGGCCCGGGAGGGGCUGCAACAUGUUUUUGUGUCUUCUGCUGUCUAACUGAAUCUGGUCCUGUUUUCACUACAAGAAAAUGUUUCCUUUAUUCAGCAGUGUCCUUUAAACGCCUGCCCUGUGAUACAUUUUUGUUGACUCACACUGUUGUUUUCCCUCUAUACCCCCCCCCCCCCCCCCCCCCCCCCCCAGUCAGUUUUACUGCCUCAUGAGACUAAAAGUCACAAAGUCUAACGUUAAAGGGACCAAAACAUUUCUGUUAAUAAAUUUCACAAGCAUCAA